GUCUGCUUCGGAUCGGCGUCUCGCUGCGUGGCGGCCACGAACACCAAGCCGCACCCGUCAGAUUAUUCAUCCAUCUCGUCCUUAACUUGAGAGCCGGAGUUGCUGCAGAACUGUGUGCAUCCUGCCUUCAUUCCUGCACGGCCCGAGAACUGCGCGCCUUCUUUCGUGUACGAUGAGGGCGUGAUUCCUGCCACCACAAUCAGCGGCACCAUGGAGGACGUCAGGAUCGGGAGCGCGUACCCGACGACACUGCCGAGCCCGAGGAUGCUGGCCGCCGACCGGGAGCUCCACUCUCCCCGGCGCGAGCUGCCGUCGGGGUUCCGGAAGAGCCUCAACCCGAUCUACGCCGACGCCGUCCACGACGCCCCGCCGCUCAGCGGCUCGUCUUCCACCACCACGACGGCCACCGCAACAGCAACGGCAUCGGACUCGUCGUCGUCGUCAGCCGCAGCGAACCACGACGAAGACGCCGACGCGGCGCCGGCGGUGAAGAGGGUGCCGGCGCGGCGGCACACGGGGGGCGGCGGGGACGGGCGGUGGGAGGCCAUCCGGGCCGCGGAGCCACCGCUGAGCCUGGGCCACUUCCGCCUCCUCCGGCGCCUGGGCUACGGUGACAUCGGCAGCGUCUACCUCGUGGAGCUACGGGCGGGAGGCGCCGGCGGCCGCGGCGCGCUCUUCGCCAUGAAGGUCAUGGACAAGGGCUCCCUCGCCGGCCGGAACAAGCUGGCCCGCGCGCGGACGGAGCGCGAGAUCCUCGGCCUCCUCGACCACCCCUUCCUCCCAACGCUCUACUCCCACUUCGAGACCGACAAGUUCUGCUGCCUCCUCAUGGAGUACUGCUGCGGCGGUAACCUCCACUCCCUCCGCCAGAAGCAGCCCAACAAGCGGUUCACCGAGGACGCCGCCAGGUUCUACGCGUCUGAAGUGCUGCUCGCUCUCGAGUACCUGCACAUGCUGGGGGUGGUGUACCGGGACCUCAAGCCCGAGAACGUGCUGGUCAGGGAGGAAGGCCACAUCAUGCUCUCCGACUUCGACCUCUCCCUGCGGUGCUCCGUCAGCCCGGCGCUCGUCCGGUCGCCGUCCGGCCGUGUCAGCGGCGGCGGCGGACUCGCCCACGUCUGCAUGCUUCCGCGCAUCCUCCCGGCCAAAAAGAGCAAGAAGAAGAAGAACAAGGGUGACAAGGACAAGGCUGAGCUGGACGACGAGCCGGUGGCCACCAGCGGCAGCGGGAAGAAGAAGCCGCCGCCCCCGACGUCGCUGGAGUUCACGGCGGAGCCGACGGGCGCGCGGUCCAUGUCGUUCGUGGGCACGCACGAGUACCUGGCGCCGGAGAUCAUCCGCGGCGAGGGCCACGGCAGCGCCGUCGACUGGUGGACCUUCGGCGUCUUCCUCUACGAGCUCCUGCACGGCGCCACGCCGUUCAAGGGCUCCGGGAACCGCGCCACGCUCUUCAACGUCGUCGCGCAGCCGCUGCGCUUCCCCGACUCGCCGGCGGUAAGCGCCGCCGCCAGGGACCUCAUCCGCGGCCUCCUCGCCAAGGAGCCGCAGAACCGGCUGGCCUACCGGCGCGGCGCCGCCGAGGUGAAGCAGCACCCCUUCUUCGAGGGCGUCAACUGGGCGCUCGUCAGGAGCGCGCUGCCGCCCUACAUCCCCGAUGCCGCCGUCGACCACGGCUCCCAGUUCGCCUGCGACGCGGCGGGCGGGGCGCCAGCGGCGCAAGCGCAAAGCGGAACGCCGAAGAGCGCCGGCCGGAAGACCAGCUCGCGCCACACUGAUUCGUCGCAUGUUGAUUUUGAGUACUUUUAG